UGCUGCCCUACACAGCGGGACAUCUGAACCGACCCAUUAUGACUCUGAAUGGAUGAGGCUCCGCGGGCCAUGGUCUUGCAUAGCUACAAGAUCGCCAGAGCGCGAAGUAUUCGACUCGGUCCAUGAUUUUUCACAGAACUCACCCUCUGUCCGGCAAUCACAAUGCAGAGACUCUCGCACGAGCUCCUUCUCCUUGUUGCCAAGCUCCUCAGUCCUAAGGAUCUAUGGAAUUUCUGUCUUUUUUGUAAGAAAUUCGUUUUUCUCAUGCACGAUGAGUCCUGUGCAAAAACCCUACUCGAGAAUCACGCCCCGUAUUCCACCGAGAUGAGAGAUGCGCGUCCAUAUGGAAAUUACGCUCGUGCAUUGCGCCGACGAGAGAAGACCCUCAAUGCCGUCAUCAUGGCCGAGCCAUACGUAACAGCCGUCGUUGCGCACGCGAAUGAAUACAUCUACUGCAAGGGCAUGCUUUGCUACACGCAGAGAGAAGCCCAAAAACUUUACCUCCUUAAUAUUCAUCACUCGGCGCGGAAGAAGGUCGAAAUCAGCGUGGACAAGCUACUUGCUUCCAUACUCCACACUACUCCGGCAGAGAAGUAUAAGCUCCGACCUAUCUACUUCUCCAACGACAUUCUGUCCUGCCUAUAUAUCCCGCGUAAGAAGACAGGAAUCGAACAACUUCUCGUCAUCGAUAUUGAGAAGCGGAAAAGGUUCCCCCGUAAAGACUCUACUUCCUGCAAGAAGGCGUUUGUCAGAAACAAUCAGGAGUAUUUGUACUGCGGAACUUAUGACAACAACGACGAUGUGUGGAUGCUUGAAGUUUUGAGUCUGAGCGAGGGAGCCUGGCUACCUGGAUUUCUUAUCCUGGAUGACAUCGCCGGCUUCGACGUUGGGAUCUCUCUGGCCUUCGAAAUCGUGGACGAUCACUUCUAUGCUGUAUCAACCACACCGAAAGAUGAACCUGACGAGACGGGUCACUUGUCUCGUUACCACGGCGUGCGCUAUCCCCUUGGUAUAUGCGGUCCCGAGGACAAGCAGCUGAUGUCCAUGUUUCGUCGUAACCACCGAGACGGCCCGAUGGAUGACAGAUGGACGACCCUAAGCCUCGAGAAAGACUCCAAAACAGGAGUUCUCGAGGUCGUGGAGUGUCGAAGAGAACAUUCUUACAACAGCAACGGGGAAUCGAGGACUGCCUCGAGCUCGAGAACUGUCUAUCGAACGGCAGUCAAGUUCUCUAGUGACGAGCCUGCUGAUGAUUCGGUGUCUACAAGAGAAGGCAGUGAGCAAGAUUCCAUCCACGUAUCUGGCUUUCAAGAUCAGACACCGCGCUCUCACGGAAGUCCAUCGACCUUUCACCGAGGAGACGAUAGCUUCACAGAACCACUCAUCACCUUUAACAACUGCUUUGUAAGGUCCUACAGCAGCCCCUGCGGAGCUUUCUUGGACUUAAUCAACCCUGCGGCCGUAGAUGAGAAACCUGCGAACCUUCAGCUGCGGACCAUGACUCGUCUGCAGGUGGCAACGCACAAGCAACCAGAUUCUCGAGAAACAAACCACAUCGAGAACGUGAUAUCUUACUGGACACUUCGGACUAAAGCACACGGAGAAUCAGGAAAACUGGCCGACACUCUCACGCCACGUGGUCAAGACUCUCAGUGGGAAGUUUCCGGAAUAGCUGAUGACCGAUCUCUUAUUUACAUCUCGGGAAACACUAAAACUGAAAACUUACGCCCUCUGGUGCUCGUCUCUUUUGACCCUUCCAUCAGACUGCCUGGGGUUUUCAACUUGCUGGAGACUCCAUCGUAGAGCACCAAGAGAGAUGAGGUGAAAUAUCAUCCUGAUACGCCAGCAACUCAGGGAGGCUUAGCCAAUCCUGCCGGGGUCUCCGGCGAUUGUGUCGAUC